GUGAAAACUGAUAACCUGGCAACGGCUUCAACAUCCCAAAGACGGAAUUGCUGCAAUGACCCAGAUAUAUUCUGCUACAUCUGUGGAAGCUUUACUUUGAAAAGUCAAAGGCGCAACAUCACCAGUUUUGUGAAGAGAGUGUACCUCGCUUACUUUAAAGUACCACUUGGAGACCAGGAUAAAACUGAGCACAACAGCUUGCGCAAUCUAGUCAAGUGUUCACCCACUAAUGUUAUCGUGCAUCUGGCACCAGCUAUAUGCGUGGCUUCUGACUUGUUUAACUUUGCAGUUCUUCAUCUGCUGUCAAGGAAGAAGUUGGACGAAUCAACUGUAAGAGAUAGUGAAGCUCUGUUAAUGGCCUAUGUAAGAUAUGUUGAUAAUGGAGAAUUUAUUGAGGAUAUGCUAUUUUGCGAAGCAUUAGAAACCACCACUAUUGCAAUUGAUAUAUAUAAGAAAUUAAAAACAUAUUUAGAUGAUAAGCAGAUACCAAUGGAGAACAUUAUAUCUUGUGCUGCAGACGGUGCUCCAGUGAUGAUGGGCAAGAAAAAUGGAGUUUUAAAAUUAUUGAAAGACGACAAUCCCCAAAUGUUGUUAGUGCAUUGUGUUAUUCAUAGACAGAAUUUAGUUGAUAAAAUAGUUUCCCCUGUUCUAAACGAGACAUUGAAUGCAGUUAUAAAAUGCAUCAACACUAUAAAAGCUAAUGCCAAAUGUGAGCGUCUUUUCAAACAAUUUUGCAAGGAUCAAAAUGCAGACUAUGUAAGAUUAUUACUUCAUACUGAUGUAAGGUGGUUAUCAAAUGGGAAUUGCCUGAAAAGAUUCAUGGAAUUAUUUGAUAUUCUUAGUGAGUUCUUGGAUGACAAACCUUAUAUGACUCUGUUACUGACAGUUGAUGGUAAAGCACUUGUCAGUUAUUUUGCAGAUAUAUUUGAAAAACUCAAUGUCUUAAAUAAGGAGCUCCAAGGAACAAAUAUGACUCUUGUUAAUUCAAAAGCCAAGACAUUUGGCUUUAUAUCAUUUCUGGAAUUAUCCCAAGAAAAUAUUUCAGUAAAAAAAUUUGAACAAUUUUAUUGGCUGAAUAAAUGUGAGGUAACAGAUGCUACUUGUCUUGUUAUUGUGGAGCACUUAAAAAUAAUGGUAAGCGAUUUCAACUUCAGAUUUUCUGAUUUGAAAGAAAUUAAUUAUCCAUCUUGGAUGACUCAGCCAUUGCUAGUGGAUCUGUCAGAUGUAACCAUGGAGUAUCAAGGAGAACUUUCAGAAUUACAAAAUGAUGACUCGAUUAAAACCCUGUUCAAAAUAAAAGGAACAAUGAUGUGGCUCUGUGAAGAAACACAAGCUAAAUAUCCAAAUACAAGUAGUUUGGCAAGAAAACUACUGUUACCAUUCCCAUCGUCAUACUUAGUGGAAUGUAGAUUUAGUGCUGUGAAUGACUUAUUACUGAAGAAAAGAAACCGACUGGAUAUCACUAAACGAGGCGACUUGAGAUUGAAAUUAACAAAAUUUCUGCCUCGGAUAAAAUCUCUUUGCAGUAGACAUCAGGCUCAAGGGUCUCAUUAA